AUGCAUUAUGUGAUAAUCAUUGUCCGGAUAGACAGCUUCAAACUCGCCGGCGAGGACGGCAUCCCGAGAGACUUCCUUGGUAUGCUCCCGGUCAGCGUACCACUUGAAAUUGACCUCCUCGAGCAUUUCGCCCAAGACGCCCUCGUUGAAACAAUUUGGGGAGUACCAUCGCGAGGCCAUGACGUCGAAGUGGCAGCCCAGACGUUUGGCCUCAGUCCAGUGCGUACCGCAUUUAGCUUCUCCUGUCUCGGCGUCGAAGACAAAGUGGCCAUCCACACCCACCUCUGGUGGUCUUAA